CUGUAGCUAGCAAGCCAGGCAGCAACACAUUCAGUAGCUAGUUAGUCGUGCAUGCUUUGAGAGAGGAGAAAGUCCAUUGAUCUUGCGCUCAAACUCAACAUGACGACCAAGCACGAAUUCUUUGUGGACAUGACAUGUGAGGGAUGCUCCGGUGCUGUCACCCGAGUCCUCAAUAAACUGGGUGGUGUCCAAUUUGAGAUCGACCUCCCCAACAAGAAGGUUUUCAUUGAGUCUGACAAGGACACGGAUGUGCUUCUGGAGACACUGAAGAAGACUGGAAAGGCAGCCAACUACAUUGGCCCCAAGUGAAAAAUCAUCCUCUUUCCUUUAUAGAACAGCUGUUGGUUGGUGCUGAUAUGAAGGAUGACCAAUGAGAAGGAAGAGCCCUCUGACUGCAGACCAGUCUUGCUGUAAUGUCUUUAUGGAACACUGGAAUGAGCUCGCGCUGCCAAGCUGUCCACUUUCAGUUAUUUAAACCCUAUUAUUGAAACGUCCCAAAUGGCACCCUAUAGGCCUUAGUCCAAGGUAGUGGGAAUAUAUAGGGAAUAGAGUACAGUUUGGGACGCAUUCACUAUGAAUAUCCAGUAUGAAUGAUGCACAGAAUUAAAUAGAGCAUGUACCUCUAUGGGUUAACAUUAGGCAGGUAAAUUAGAUUAUGUAAGAUUGCUGUCUGUUUUGUCUUAAUGAAAGCAGCUAUUGUAAUUCACGUUGAUUUGGACAGCUGUAUUAAGUUUUCCUUUCACUCUCUGAAUAUAGUUAAUGUUUACCCACUUGUAAAAUAAAAAAGUUGAUUCUA